AUGAAGCUGCCAGCCUUGUCCCUCUUUCUCUCCACCGCCGCGGCAUCUGGCCCGCUGUUCCUGAUGCAUGGCUACUCGGUCGUCAUCUUCCCCUCCAACUCAUCCUCAAAUCCUGGAGACAGCAAGGUCGUCACAGCCAACUUCUUCUCGUACGGCACGGCAACCGGCUACCUGAGCUUCGGCUGGUGGCUACCCCCAUCGGCAUCUACCAACCACACGGGCUGCGUCGCCCGUCCUGAGUCGUACGACUGGUACGAGUACUCGACGGGCAACUGCACGGCGACAGACUGCCACGUGCACUGCGUCAACUACCCCAGCGAUGACCCAGAGACCAAGUUCCUGGACGAUGAUUACGUGGUGCACUUCUUGGACAUUGGGCCGGGCGAUGAGGGCAAGAUGCACGUCAGCUACUUCGACAAGGAGAAUGGCGGCUACGCCGUGGGCAAGCGCAGGGUGCUGAAUGCCCCUGGUGCUGAUCGCGAGACGGCCAAGGAGUGCCACGAUGCGUUCCUGACCAUGCAGGAGCUGCAGGAUCGGCGCAACCUGCCGAUUGAUUUCGAGUUGGUAAACCCGUGCCCGCGGCACGAGGAUUCGGCGCAGAUGGUUUUGUCUGAGCUUUAG